GCAGUGCGACACGAUCGAAGAAGACAUGGUUUCCUCCAUGAAGCUGUCUGUCACCUUCCUCCUCCUCCUCUCCGCAGGGCUGGUGGUGUUCGGGGAGAUGGAAGGCGCCACGGCGGCGUGCGACGUGGUGUGCUUCCAGGGAGGGCACAUCACCUGCGACAACUACCCCGGCCAGGAGCUCGACGGCUGCGCCUGCGAGUGCAAGCCGGCCGAUGGCAAGGGCUGCGUGCUCCACCUCGACGACGGCGUCACGCACUCCAACUGUAGCUGAAUCCCGCCUCCCAUCACGCCUCCUCGGUCUGGGUUUCAGUCAAAUAAAAACCUGUACUGUGACUUGCAGCACAGCGUGUAAGAUUGUCGUCGAAUAACGAGAAGAAAUAUUUGUGUCGACAGCCAUGUUUUGAUGAAAAUUUGCG